AGAGGCGGUGACCUCAUCGUCCUGGCGAGGCGGAGCGAACCGCUGCAACUUUGGAUGAACUUCUGAUUUGAACGAGCCGAGAGGCGGUCGGCGGAGUGCGCGGACAGCAACAGGCGCCGAGACGAGGACCCACCGAGGCUUUGAGCAGAGCAAUUACACCUGUUAUGCUUUAGAUUCGUUGGCCACGCAGGUUUGCGCGCGCGUGCGGGCGGGCGGCUGACCACCGACUACGUUGCUUUUUCAUUAUCUUCACAAGGUGGACGUUAAUGAAGGUUCACCAGUGAGGUUUCAGGCUGGUCGUCUGCAGGUCACUGUGCUCAACAAGAUACUUUGAUCAUUGGUGACUCUCAUUAACAAGUACUACACAGAUCUCUGGAGAAAACGAGUGAGUCUGCUUGGUUCGUCCCAUCAAGACUGAAUUAAACUCUUUAAGCAUGAGUACAAUGAACCCUGCCUUUUAGAGGAACACUGUGGAAGCUCAACAUCAACACUUCCGUCCAUUCAGCCCUGAAAGCGAACUAAAUGUGUCUGUGAGAUCCUCUUGCCACUUUACUCCGUGGGCAUAAUGUUGACCCAAAUAUAAUCCCACCAAGCCCCAAUCCCUGUUCCAUCUCCCCUCCCUGUACCCUUUUCCAUCUUCAUCAUGACCAGUCUGAAACGUUCGCAGACGGAACGCUCAGUCGGAGGCUCUGUUCCAGCUUCGGAUGAGUUUUAUACUCGUCGCCUGCGGCUACCCAAUGGAGGGGCACCACCUCCCCGUAGUGAGAGCGCUCAUAUUUCCUCAUCCUCCACCACUGGCACCAACCCGGGCGUCCCAAAGAUGGGUGUUCGAGCUCGUGUGGCUGACUGGCCACCAAGGAAGGAUGGGGGAGGAGGAGGUGUUUGGCAUAUCACAGUAGAAACGGACUCGCCCAGCUCUACCAAUACCACAAGCUCUUCAGGAUCAGGAAGUGGCGAUAGGGAGAGGCUUGUGGGAGGAGGAGGGGGAGGAGGAAGCAGUGGUAGUGGUGGCAGUAGUGGAGGAGGAGGAGGAGGAGGAGGAGUGUCGGCCGUCGCAGCCCACAGCAAUCUGUCAGCCAAGCUGGGCCACCUGAUAAGCCCACAGGACUCAUCCAUGCUGCGCAACAUCCACAACACAUUAAAGAACAAGAUGCAGAGCAAGGGAAAGGAUAAUCGUUUUCUGUCACCUGAUGGUUAUCUAGGGUCACCUCGCAAAGGCAUGAGGCGCAUUCGCCAGCGCAGUAACAGUGAUAUAACUAUCAGCGAGCUAGAUGGGGACGGCAAUGAAGGCUGGUCCUUCUCUGGUUGGACCCCCAUGCACCGCGAGUAUGGCAGCACUUCAUCUAUAGAUAAACAUGGAGUGUCGGGGGAAAGCUUCUUUGACAUGCUAAAGGGAUACCAAUCCUCUGAGGCCCCUGAUCAGCGAAGCCCGGCUCCAGAAAGACUAACGGAGCUUCUCACUGUGGCUCCAGUAAAACAGGCUGCCCUUGACCUGCCAGAUGGUCCUUUAGGUCCAGCGAGAGGAAGUCCUGCCAGUAGACUAAAGGAACGAGAAAAGCACUUAAAAAGGAGGUCGAAAUCAGAGACAGGUGGAGAGUCAAUAUUCCGCAAGCUUCGCAGUGUGAAGGUGGAGGGUGACACGUCGAGGGCUGGCUCAGACGCUGAAGAUGGGGGGAAAGGAGAGGAGAGUGGCCCACCUCCCAAACCCUGGUUGUGCCAAAAAGGCUUUGCCCAUUAUGAUGUUCAGUCUCUACUUUUUGACCUCAAUGAGGCCAUCCAAAGUCGUCACUCUGGGUCCAAACGCAAAAACACUACUACCGGUGCCUCUGCUGCUGCCGCAGCCUCUGCUUCAGCCACUUCCUCCCUGUCCUCCAAUCAAAGCGGGGUGUAUGGCUCGCCCUGUGGCUCACAAGAAGAGCUGAGCAAGGAGGGAACGGGACACGGUACCAACCCUGCUUUGGACCCCGGGGAUGACAAAAGCAAUGAUCUGGUUCUCAGUUGCCCAUGCUUCAGGAAUGAAAUUGGUGGAGAGGGUGAGAAAAACAUCUCUCCCGCAAAACAGCAGGGCAGCAUAGGUAGUGGUGGGAGCUCAAGCAGUUCUUCUGGCAGCACAGAGGAAGGACCUCUGGAUACCACCCUGACUACUCAUUUUACCAAUGCUGGUGUGGCUGUGCUAGAGGCCUCUAAGGAUGGGCCAAGCCAACAUGCUGACAGGUCCAAAAGAUACAUUGUGGAACACGUUGACCUUGGCGCUUAUUACUACCGAAAGUACUUCUACCUCAGAGAGCACUGGAACUAUCUAGGGGUAGAUGAAAACCUGGGCCCAGUGGCGGUGAGUCUGAGAAGGGAGAAGUUGGAGGAGCACAAGGAGCACGGCCAACAGUAUAACUACAGGGUAAUCGUCAGAACAAGUGAGCUGAAUACCCUGAGAGGCUCCAUCUUGGAAGAUGCAGUCCCUUCCACAUCCAAGCAUGGCUUAGCUCGAGGUCUGCCUCUGAAAGAGGUGCUAGAGUACCUGGUCCCUGAGCUGAAUGUGCACUGCCUGCGCCUGGCACUUAACACCCCUAAGGUCACUGAGCAGCUGAUGAAGUUGGAUGAGCAGGGGCUGAGCUUCCAGCGAAAGGUGGGAGUGAUGUACUGUAUGGCAGGCCAGAGCAGUGAGGAGGAGAUGUACAACAAUGAAUCAGCGGGUCCUGCACUCGAAGAGUUCCUGCAUCUGCUGGGGGAGAGGGUGAGGCUUAAAGGCUUCACCAAAUACCGAGCACAGCUGGACACCAAGACCGACUCGACAGGGACCCACUCCUUGUACACCAAUUACAAGGAUUAUGAGAUCAUGUUCCACGUGUCCACCAUGCUGCCCUACACUCCCAACAAUAAACAACAGUUGCUGAGGAAACGUCACAUUGGGAAUGAUAUCGUCACAAUUGUGUUUCAAGAACCCGGAGCACUUCCCUUCACUCCCAAAAACAUUCGCUCGCAUUUUCAGCAUGUCUUUGUGGUUGUGCGGGCACAUAACCCCUGUUCUGAAAACAGCUCCUACAGCGUGGCUGUCACUCGCUCCAAAGAUGUGCCCUCCUUCGGCCCCCCCAUCCCAGAAGGCGUAACCUUCCCCAAGUCCUCAGUAUUUCGGGACUUCCUGCUAGCCAAGGUCAUCAAUGCAGAAAAUGCUGCUCACAAGUCGCACAAGUUCCGUGCCAUGGCCACUCGGACGCGCCAGGAGUACCUGCGUGACCUGGCUGAGCGCCACUCCACCAACACUCCCAUUGACCCAUCUGGAAAGUUUCCCUUCAUCUCACUGGCUCACAAGAAAAAAGAGAAGAGCCGUCCGUACGUAGGGGCCGAGCUGCGCAGCCUGGGAGCGGUGAUUUGGCCUGUGUACGCUGAAGAUCCCGGGACCGGAGGGGAGCUGGAAGCGCUUCUGGCCAUCUCCAACGACUUUCUCAUCUUGUUGGACCAGGAGGCAAAGGCAGUCGUGUUCAACUGUGCCACUAAGGAUGUGAUCGGCUGGUCCCUGAGCAGUCCUGCAUCUCUGCGGGUUUUCUACGAGCGUGGGGAGUGCUUGUCUUUGAGGAGUAUCAGUAACAAUACUGAGGAUUUCAAAGAAGUGGUCAAACGUCUGGAGUUCUUGACCAAGGGCUGCGAGACAUCGGAGAUGACGCUUCGUAGAAAUGGCCUUGGACAGCUCGGCUUCCAUGUGAAUUAUGAAGGCAUCGUAGCUGAGGUGGAGCCUUAUGGUUACGCCUGGCAGGCAGGACUACGUCAGGGAAGCCGAUUGGUAGAAAUCUGCAAAGUUUCUGUAGCUACACUGACCCAUGAGCAGAUGAUUGAUAUGCUGCGGACGUCUGUGUCAGUGCGUGUUGUUAUUAUUCCUCCACAUGACGACGCCACACCACGCAGAGGUUGUUCAGAGCUCUACCGAAUGCCUGUGUCAGAAUACAAGAGUAGCAGCAGUGACAGCGGCUCUUUUGAGUACAAGUUCCCCUUCCGCAGCAACAACAACAAAUGGCAAAGGACCUCCAGCAGCCCUCAACAGUCACUGACUGCCUCGCCACAGCCUCACACUCCUAACAGGGCCAUCAGCCUGGGCAGCUCUGUGGGAAAGACCCUGUCAGCUGAGAGGCUGGAGAGGGGGGCGGUCAUCCCACGCAGUGUCAGCAGCGAUGGACGACCCCUGGACACAAAGAGAAUGUCUCCGGGCAGUGAGAGCUACAGCCUGGCCUCCUCCCUGGCACUGGGACGUUCCCCUCACAAUCGAAGUUCUCCCAGCAACCUGUCUUGUUCCAGCGAAGCUUCUGGAAGCUCAGCUCAUUGGAGACAGAAGUCCAUGCCUGAGCAGUUCGUUGGCAACCGUCAUUCUGAGAGACGGGAAGUUGUUGGAGAGGGCGGGUCGAGCGGAAAGUCCACUCCCAAUUGGUCAAGAAUGGAGGAAGCGGGAGGAUCAGAACGAGGGUCUACAGAAACCCCAGUCUCCAAGUCUGGCCAAGGGUACUCAGGAGCGCCCCGCAUCCAGAGGCAGGAGCAGGUCAUUCACCUGUCACCAAAGAAGGGAAGCCAGUCGGACAGCCCUUACUCUGGUCACUCCAGCAGCAACACUCUAUCCAGCACAGCUUCCAGCGGCGGCCACAGUGACAGUGAUAAAUGGUAUGAACUGGGUGCAGGUGGAGGCUCCAGCGGUGACCAGGGCGACCCAGAGCCCAAUGGCCUGGGAGGAGGCGGCUACCUCCAAGGGGCCUCAGCGGACAGCGGCAUUGACACGAGCUCCUACGGAGCCUCUCACCACCCGCAUUCCCACUCGCACCACGGCAGCGCCACCUCCCUACUGGCUCCCAGUGGAAGCAGGGAGAGCAGGGAGCGCUCUGCUUCUCCGUGGCACAGCCCGACCGAGGGGAGCCGCAGGAUGCUGGAGAGGUCACCCGCUGCCGCUGAGGCUGCAGCACCUCCAGGAGAACGGAGCUUGGAAGGAACAGGCCGAAGCCCUCCUACUCACCUGCUUGUCAGAGACAGCAGCACCUACAGUCUGAGUGAGGCUGCAACACACUCGAGGCAUUCAGGUCACAGCUCCCCCAGAGACGAGUCAUCAUCUUCCACCUCUCCUUCAUCCCAGUCCUCUGUGUCACCUGGGCCCAAGAGCUUCUAUCCUCGUCAGGGAGCUCAGUCCAAGUAUUUGAUUGGCUGGAGGAAACCUGGCUCCACCAUCAAUUCUGUCGACUUUGGAGACACACGCAAGAAGUCUCCAGGCGAGAGUGGGAUAGAGGUUGUUCCAACUCCAGCUGCCAGACCCUCUCUCAGAGACAUGCACUCCCCCCAGCCUCAUGCUAAAUCUACCAUGGAGGAAGAUGUUAAGAGACACAGUACCCCGGACAGCCCUCCACCCCCACGACGACACAAGGAAAAGCAUGGACAGAAAUCCCCUCCAGGCCAGCCCCUCAGCCGCCGUCGAUCCCUCCAUCGUACAUUGUCGGAUGAGAGCAUCUAUCGUGGCCAGCGACUUCCUCCACUGAGCGAUUCAGUGGUUGAGCCGACUCUGGGCGCUGAUGUUCUCUUCAGCUGCUCCACACUCCCGCGCUCACCCACCACCCGCGGCGUGCCCCUCCGACGGCCAUCCUAUAAGUUGGGAGUGAAGCUCCAUGGAGAUCUCUCUGCAUCUGACACGUCGUUGGUUGAUCUGGUUGAGCGCCACCGUGGGCCCCUCCCUCCAGAACUGAUGCCACUGCCAUCCUCAGACAGGGACAGUCCCCUUGAGUGGACACACCUGGUGGAUGUGGCAAAUACCUUUGACACGGAGAGAAACACACACUAUGUCCAGAGAAGUUACGUGUUUGGGGAUUCAAACCAUCGAAGCAGCGGCGCGUCAAGUCCCCAGCAGCCUCACAUCGAGCUGCAGCCUGCCCCACUGUCUCGACCAUCAUCUAGUGAGGGUCAUAUAGGCCUGGAGAGAAAGGUGACUAAACUGGAGGCGAUGGUAAAGAUGCUGCAAGAGGAUCUAAAGAAGGAGCGUGAGGAGAAGGUGCGACUUCAGGCUCAGAUUAAGAGGCUCUGGGAGGACAACCAGAGACUGCAGGAGGAGUCCCAGACAUCGGCUGCCAAGCUCAAGAAGUUCACAGAAUGGGUCUUCAACACCAUCGAUAUGAACUGACCUCCUCCUGCACACUUUACUCCACAUAUGUCCACACACACCAACGCACACAUGCACAUCAACACACACCCGCAUAGAGACUGGAUGUCGAAGGCAGACUGUCAAGAAAUGUGCACGAGGACAGCCUCUGCUUGUGCAUUGUUGGCUCCAAGCUGAACCCUAAACAACAGGGGGCCGUUACUGCUCAUCACUCUCGGGCUCCACAUGCUCCACAGACCCUCUGGUAAAUUUCUCAGGAUGAGAACUAUUGUUAUGAUGGACUGGCCUCCGUUUUCCUGUGGGACCACGCAUUCCGGCAUCAUUUUUCCAUCAUCUCGUUCUGCCAAAAACAAGAAAUCACAAACUUGCCAACAACUGGAAGCACCUCUUUUCCCUUCAUUUUCGGAAGAAAUCUAAUUUGCUUUUCCCAGAUAUCCCGGAGGUGAACAUAAACAUCUUUACAAGCCCCUGGACAACCUACGCUACGUAUUUCCAAUCUUUCGCUUCCUGAUUUUAAUUUUGUUUUUAUCUCCCACCCUCCUCCCUCCCCCAGUGUUGCCUGUGUCUCUUCAAUCUGAAGGGUUAGUGUUUUGUGCCAAACCAAAACUUGUCACAGCAGAGGGGUAGCAUGAUGCCAUUUACAGUCAGUCAGGUACGAAACAAAUGUGCCAUGAUUAGACUCUUUGAGUUCCUUCAAAUGUUUUGUUUACUCCUCAAAGCCAAAACUCAACAGCCAUCAUCAUGUGGGCAGUUCGUUCUGCCUUCGCACAAGAGAGAAACCUGGAAAUGUACAGUUGUUUUCCCCCUCUGCACCAAGUUGAACUGGAUUACAGCAUCUGUCUCAACAGGACAAACUAACACCUGACAGCGGAGUAUUUUUAGAAGCCUUCUGUAAGUGGUGCCAUAAAGCAAGACUGGUGUCCAGAGCGCUGUGGCCCAUCGCAGUCGUCUGUGUCUUAAAAGCAAUAGUAAGAAAUCAGGACUCCUGUCUUUCUGUCACAAAGCAGAACGGUUUUCUGGGGACAGGGUCAACGUUUCACUCAACAAUACUUGUGCUGAACAAACACCUGCGACCAACGCGACUUAGGAAAAGGGAGACCGCUCAUCAUUACCAGACGGAUUAGAGAAACGGCACGUGAUGAAUGAUGGACAUUUUUUGGGAAGGGAAACGUAAAGGGGUCUAGUCCCAUUCUAAUUUAUUUCCUUGUAUUAUAAUUACAAUAAAUAAGUUGUUCUACUCGUACAGUACAACUGACAUCAGUGUUUAGUUUCUCAAGCAAAAGGUCACUAGAUAUAUUAUUUAAAUGGCUUUCUUUCUUUUGGCUGAAGCCUGACUAUAUGCUUUUUAUUCUGUAUUCUGUUGUAUUUUGUGGUGCCCGCCUGCUGUCGUGUUGCUUCCAGUGCCCUCUAGUGAUGACCAGUGGAAACUUCAUGAUUAUUACGUGUGCUGCCAGUCACUGUAUUUUUCUAAUCCCUCUUCAGGAAUUAGUCUGACAUCAUCUGCGAGGCCACACAAAUACGCAGGACAGGACGAGUAAUCAGAAGCCAGCUUUGAAAGACAAUCAGGUUGAUUUUUGAUCAGGCGUGAACCUCGUGUGGGUGUUGUCAGUGCUUCAGUUCAAACAUCUGUAGUUUUCCUCAGGUUCAGUAUUUGUUGGGAACGUGAUAAUAUUAAGAGAAGGUUAUUGCUCACAACUGACUUGUAUUGUUAGGUCAAAGUACCCACGACAGGACAGACUGCAGGAGCUCCUGUACCAGUGGAAGUGUGCGUCAUAGUGUGAAUGUACAUCCGUCUAUCCAGCCGUGCCUACACUCACUCAUGUUGGUCAUUUACUCCCAGGCAGGGCAGGGACGUGCCUUUGAAACAGCACCUGGGGAACAGAUAAAAAGGUUCUUCAUCUGGAAACAUGAGCACACCUGGUAACACACACACGCGCACACACACACACACAGCCCACUCUGUUGUUUUUAAUGAAGUCCAUACUCCAGUUGUAGACUGGGCCUCACAGAGGUUUGUCUGAGAAAUCUGUUGCUCGGCCUUCUCUCACUUGUCCAGAAGGAUAUUUUUGCUUAACACAAGCAGACCAGUGUAUGGAAAUGCAUCCGGGUGUGUGCCUUUGCAUUCAGUUACAUGCAGUAUGUCAUUCAGACCAGCUGGCCCCUAUAAUACGAUUGUACUGGAGGAAAAUGUGUCCCUGAACACUGCACGAGCAGGAGCCACAAAGCUAUUUCCUCCUCCAAACACACGAGUACCAGGUUCAGGUCACUGUUGUUAGCGUGUACUUUGAACGUUGUUGUACGUUGUUCAGAGUAGUGGUGUAAGCCUUAAUUUGCCGUCUGUUACCGUCGGAGCCCUUUGAAGGAUUAAUCUCUUACAGUACAGUUGCAUUUAUAACCCUUUGGCGUAUAACAGCCGAGCACCUGGUCUGAAUGUAGAGAGAAUAUAAAGAGAUGUGAAGUUUACUGUUACCCACAUUCAGCUCUGCAGGGAGAUGGGUGAAUGAAAAAGAUGUAAAGAUGACUUGGUUCUGUUUUAAGAAUCUCCUGUCAGUCAAAAUAGAUGAUUAUCACGCAAUGAAUGGUCAGUAUCUCAAAUCUUUGGUGGAAAUAAUACCAGUUUAAUAAAAUUCUAGUCUAGUGAUCAUCCAAUAAUGUAAAAUCCUUUUGAAUCUUCAUAAAAGAUGAGCCACAGGCAGAAAUGUUCCCGAUCCAUAUCGUUUUAACAUGACCGUUGUUUACCAGGAGCACCGGCCCGUCAUCGCCCACAUUUUGAAUGGGCAGAGUCUCGUAUCGUGUAAAUGGAAAGCGCUCUCGUUUUUGUAUUUUCAGACGACGUAUGACCAAAUGCAGAUGUUUUGCUCGCAUCUUUAAAAGUGUGCAUCGAGUAGGACGUUACAUAUCCAACACACACAUUCCAGCCUGCUCUGGAUGACUGCUUGUAUAUUUGUUUUGUUUCCUCUGCUUCAUUUGUUGCUUUUGAAAGAAUAUGGGAAAUGUGAGUGUGCAUAUGUCUAAUUGUUCCAUUUUGUAAACUCUUGUUUUGGAAAUCCUUUGCACAAUGUUUUAUAUAAAGGGUCGUGUUUACAGGUCUUGGAUUUAUGAAGGUUGCAGUUAUCCAUUCCUGUGCAAUAUUGUCUAGAUGUCCUGACGUUUUUCCUGCCAGUGCAGUUCCUAACUAACGGAGGAAGGUGCUUGAUUUAUUCUCUCCAAAAGAAAUUAACUCCUUUUUCUUGAGGCAUUGCUGAUCAGGUGAGGGCGGAGCGGGUGUUGUUUGUACUGUAGGGACGCCGGUUUUCAAUCAAGCACAACUUGCAAGGUCAGUGAACGCAUCAGGGGAGGAAAGCGCCGCAGCUCAGUGUCGCUAAGAGCGAACCUGUGUGUUUGCCUCUGUGGGGACAGACAACAAACUGAACAGUAACAUGAUCUGCUCUGGCUGGAGAUGAAGCGCACCGGUUUCAGGAGGACCCGAAGUUUUACAGAAUGAAAAGAAUACUGUUUACAUCCUGGAUCCAUUGUAUUUGUAACAUGUAAAGGUAUGAAAAAGACAUUUGCGGUGAUCACAGUAUUAAAGUUUAUGAAAUAAAUAAAUGCUGUAUCAAUA